GGCGCGGCACGGACAUCAUCCCGGCAACUGGAGACAUAACGGGGGCUAGAGGCUUGACGCGGGGACGGCGACGGGGAGACAGACCACCCUGCGGAGCGGAGCAAGGCCUCAACAACAGCAUCAGCAGCAUCGUUUACUUUUUUUCUUCUUUUUUUUUUUCUGCACGAGACUAGGACGGGGGAGUGCGCCCACCGUGUUGCGGGUGUAUGUGCGUGCAUUUGUCUCCCGGUUUGGAUCACGAUGAUGCAAAGUGCGGCGGUCCUACCGACAGAGAGUCCCGUGAAGAGUUUACCGGAGAUCCUCGGAGUGCCACUGCAACAGAUCCCUCAGUGCGCCGGCUGUAGUCAGCACAUCCUGGACAAGUUCAUCCUGAAGGUGCUGGACAGACACUGGCACUCCAAGUGCCUCAAGUGCGCCGACUGUCAGACUCCGCUGGCGGACAAAUGCUUCUCUCGGGCAGGAGGCGUCUACUGCAAGGAGGAUUUCUUCAAGCGUUUUGGAACAAAAUGUGCAUCAUGCCAACAGGGGAUCCCGCCGACGCAGGUUGUGAGGAAGGCGCAGGACUUUGUGUAUCACCUGCACUGCUUCGCCUGCAUCAUGUGCAGCCGACAGCUGGCCACCGGGGACGAGUUCUACCUCAUGGAGGAUGGGAGGCUGGUUUGCAAGGUGGAUUAUGAGACAGCAAAACAAAACGAUGAUUCCGAGGCGGGGACCAAGCGGCCAAGGACCACCAUCACCGCAAAACAGCUGGAGACCCUCAAAAGUGCCUACAAAAAUUCGCCGAAGCCAGCACGCCACGUCAGAGAGCAGCUUUCCUCGGAGACGGGACUGGACAUGAGAGUAGUGCAGGUUUGGUUCCAGAACCGACGAGCAAAGGAAAAGCGUCUGAAGAAAGAUGCAGGUCGACAUCGCUGGACUCAGUUUUAUAAAAGUGUCAAGCGCAGUCGAGGAGGAGCUAAAGUGGAGAAGGAAAGCUCAGCCGACGACGCAGGACUCAGUGACAGCGAACUGAGCUUCAGAGACGACCAGGUCCUGUCCGAUCUCGGCCACACCAACGGGCUUUACGGGAGCGUCGGGGACGUGACCAACAGCGCAGUGCUCAACGGUGGCUUCUCUGUCGACGCCACGGGCCAGCCUUACCACGACAUCCGGGCGGGAAGCCCGUACGGCCUCCCCCAGUCACCUUCCUCCAUCACCUCCUUGUCCAGCCACACCCCUCUCCUCAACAACCUGGGCUUCAACAUGGACAGUCUGGUGGCGCAGGGGGGCGCAGGCGGGGUGGGACAGGCCCUGAGGGCCAUGGCAGGGGGCCCCACCUCAGACCUCUCCACAGGCAGCAGUACGGGAUACCCCGACUUCCCCACCAGCCCCGCCUCAUGGCUGGACGAGAUGGACCAUUCCCAGUUUUGAGUCUCGGUCGCGGUAGACCAUUGCUGUGGUUAUGUGACAAAAACAGACUCACAAGGCUUUUUACAUUUCUUUCUUUCACCCUCCAAGAUGCUGGGUGAAGAGCAGAAGGAAAAGAACGAGUGUGACUCUCAGUCGCUCCGCAGCGAGGUAACAGCCCGGGUCGACUCGUGUAGUCCGGAGGAAAGCAGUGAAGAACACGUCCACACUACUGAAUGUUCAGCCUCAACACUGUAUCAUACAACGUUUGUUAUCGCCUGACUUUGUUUUGUUCUUUCACUCUCUGAAAACGGGAAUGGAUUUCCAAUAUGUCGGUGGAUUACGUUCACAGGGGAGGUAAUAUUGUCUCGACCCCCAAAAUAACCCCCCCCCCCCCCCGUCCAACCGCUACAACAUUAGGGUCAAAUCCAGAUCAGAGUCCCUGCGAGACCCGGGAGGCACCUGCAUGCUUCUGAUUCACGAGUAGAAAUGAGUAGGACUGCUGUCGGGCCACAUCAAAGCCUUUACAUUGGCAAUGCACUUUAUUCUCCUCUUCUUUUUCUACACACGUGGACAGGAAUGCAGAAAAGAGAAAGAGAGGAAAAAAGGGGAGAGACAUAUGCACAAGGCAAAAACACAGUGUUUCAUUGGGAGAGAAAUUUACAAGAAAAGUGGCACAAGUGUGAAUUUUGAACCAUGCUGAUGUUUUUUAAUGUAGUGCUGGAGCUUACGAGAUAUUAGGAAGUAGAUGGUCCGUCCGUCCGUCCGUCCAUUGAAGCUGACGUCUCCUCUGUUUGACUGAGGGCGUACACUGUUGGCUACACAGCAGGUCUCUCUUCUAUAUUUAUAGGUGCUUGACUUGUCCUCGUCUGUGUAAAAGCUGUCUGAGAGCGGACGUCUGUCGGUGUUAAAUUAUCUGUUUCCAAACUCGACAGGAAUCAAAGUGUUGGAGGACGAGUCAAGUUGUUUAGGGGUUUGGAGAAAUUUUAGCCGUAUAUCACACAUCUAAAUUAUUAAUUUAUUCUUUUGAAUGCACAGAUGUAUAACAAGGGGAGACAGAGUCCUUUACAGAUAUUAUUGAACUAAUUAAAUGGUUACACAAAUAUUCAUUCAGAACGCCAACAAGUAUUAGGAGGAACAAAACAAUCUCUGUGUGAGCUCUUCUGUUUUGUCAAUCUGACCCAGGCUUCUCUUGCUAAUCUACUCAGUCCUGCAGAGCUCUAGCUUUGCCUGCUAUCAACCUACUUACUGACCCCAGAUGUGUUGUCAGUCUGUUCUGUUCUCCUGCUGCCUGGCCUCCAUGUCAGAGGGAUUACCAGCCCCCCGACCCCCCACCCCCCACGGCAUCCAGUGUCGACACUCGGCUGUCACAUCAGUGCUGGUGUGUUUCUCACACAUCAGCUGCAUCUUUAAGUCCCAUGGCAACACAGGACAAAAAGUCCAUUCCCUGUUUGUGAUUCUCCUGAAAUUAAAAAAAAGGGGUUUGAUCUGAAAUGUUGACCGUCAUAAAACCAGUGGCUAUUUUGACCCGAGGGAAGGUUCACCCGAAUCUUCACUCUUUCUCUUUUUAAGACGAGAAGUCUAAAUCUAUUUGGUCACAUUUCCCUGAAAAGGUCCUUUUUCUACCAGAGCAUCCCACUUAAGAGCUAGGAAGAGAAUGAACAAACAGAAAGCAACACCACUAAGACAAUUUUUAAAAACUGUGGAUUACUGCCAACAAUUUACAGUGCAAUUACUUACUCAAUCUGUGGUAUCAAUGAAAGACACUAGGGCUAAUAUGUAAGUACAGGGUAAGAAGAUGGGAUUGGGGAAUAGAGAGGUAUAAACUUUAAGAUGGACUUAAAUGACAAUGCAGUAAUUGAAGUAGUAAUUUAGGAAGUCAUUAUUUAAUUACUAUGUAUCUAUUCUAAUAAUUGCAGAGUACAGUAAUUUUAUUACUAGAUAAUAAAGCAAAACAGUGUUGCUAUUUCACAUAUUUGAUAUUGGUUAUGGUAUGAUUUAUUCUAAAAUAAUAAUAUGCUUAAAAUUAAAAUGACUCUGGGAAAUGGCCGUGUAAAAUGGUUUUAAGUGUGAAGUGCAGUUUACAUUAUUAUGUAGCUGGGUUUCAAAACAUAAUUGUUUUUCAUAACUCAACUGUUGCCAUACAAGCUUAGACUGUUAUUCUCCUGUAUGUACUCUGUCAUUAUGCAAUAUAGUCCAGGAAAAGAAGUACUUAGUAUAAUUCACUUCUACAUCCCCCUGUACUUACCAGUAGAUACCCAGUAAGAAUAUCAUUGGUACCAUUUAUAAACAACAUAUUGACAUUGUAAAUUGCAGGCUGUAAUUCAUAAGUGUUAAAUGGAAAUCCUGUACAAACACAAUUGUAGCCACUACAAUUUUGUUAAGUCUGUGUUGCCUCAGAAGUUUGCAUCUUAAUUGUUGUAAAUUUUGUACAGUUUGAAAAACGUGUUGAUCGUCUUGUUUCAUGAGCGCUAUUUAUUAUUGCCAUGUGUCUUUGAAAAAGAUGUAAAAGAGAGCACUGAAUUUAUUCAUUUAUGCCUUCUGUGUAAUGGUAUGAACUGUGUACAGUCAAAUCUAUAUGAGGAAAAUAAAGCUGAAUUGUCUUUGGGUUA